AUGAGCAGAAAUAUUCGCACUUUUGAUGAUUUAAAUGGUGAAAGUGAUCAUGAGGGUAAUGGAUCUGAUGGCGAAUCGAAUAACCGACGAGGACAAGACUUCUAUGUUGGAAGUGGACAGCAAGUUGUGGGUCCCAAUAGAAACGAGGAGGACAUCUUCCGCCGCAUCAUGGAGACAGCUAGAUCUCGGGGUGAUAUUAUUUCGCAAGGACAACCUGGAGAAGCAGUUCCUGCUCCUUCCGCUUCCAAUGAAAGUCGUCCAACUGCGAAGCUGGUUAUUUGGAAGAAUGGCUACACCAUUGACAAUGGGCCACUAAGAAAUUUUGAUUCUCCGGAAAAUGCUGCCGUGUUAAAUCAAAUUCUCAAUGGUCAUAUUCCCCCAGAAAUGAUUCGAGCAUAUGGUAGUAAGGCGAUAGACGUUGCCGUCGAAAAGAAAACCAUCGACUACGAACAACCGAAAUUUUCGGUAUUCCAAGGACAAGGCGUUCGCUUGGGAAAUGUUGUUCCUGACAUCGUCGGGGAGAGCAGCAGUGGUCCUGUCGUUCCACCAGCUAGUCAAGAUGAGCAGGCCAAGGAUCUCGAGAAAGCCAAAAUAGAAUUGAACCUUGACAAUUCUCAACCAACCACUAACGUUCAAAUUCGUCUCCCAAAUAACCAAAGACUCGUCGCCACCUUCAAUCACACUCAUACUCUUUGUGCUAUCAGAUCUUUCAUUUGCACUGCACGUCCCGAUCUUGAGUACCGUCCAUUCCAGCUUAUGUCGGCCUACCCACCAAAGGUUUUCGAUGACGAAUCUAUUUCAAUCAAAGACGCCGAUCUUUUGAACUCUGUGGUUGUCGUGAAACAAAUCUAA